AUGGAACUAGCAUCGUCGUCUUCCCUCUCAACACUAGAAACCUACGAAUCAAAACUCUACGCCCUCGCCCUCAGCCUAACCGAACGCUCAGCUCGCUUCCCACCUGCUCGUGCCAACUUCCGUGCCUUUGUCCACUCCCUUGCAGAAGACUGGGGUUUCAAAUCCGAGAGCCUCGACCCAGAACCCCAUCGACAUGUCGUUGUGUUUAAGUCUGGCGGCUGGCUACCGCCAUCUCUUGCCGGGCCUGGACUAGGUAUUCGUGGAAUGAGCGUUGCCGACUGCGCCAAGUUCCGUGAUAGAGAGCGCAUGAAGGAGCGGGUUGCUAAACGCGAAGCCGUUGCCGAGAGAGCUAGACUGGAGGCCGCACUGAGAGAAGCAUCAUCAGCCAGUGCCAAUGACGGGUGGGCGCAGGUUGUUUCGAGGAAACGCCCAGGAGCGAGCGGCAGCCCGACUGAAGCUUCGCCAUAUGGAUUCGGGUCUACUACGUCUACCGACGCCAAGGGGAAGCUAGUCUUGCGCAGUGGUAUUGGAGCAAGCCGAAACGUCGGCACCUACAAAAAGAACUCGCGAUUUGGCGCAUCGGGCAUGGUAGUGGACGACCACGACGAUGACGACGAUGAAGUGGUUGAAGACUGGGAGGAGGAAGUGGCGCGUGAGGAGCGGGAGAUGGAGAAUAAGAUGGAGUCUCUGGAUGUGCAGGAAGAUGGAGAUUUUGCGGCUGUUGAAUGA